AUGAACUUGCGUACUCGAGGCUGUCUUUUCCUGAUCCUCUCUCUUGGCUUUGCUUACGGGCGGGCCUCUAUCACUCCAGGAGUUACAGAAAUCGACUUGAUCUUUCCGCGUAACGACAGCUAUUCCCCGUCGCCUCUCACUCCGAUCAUGUUUGCCAUCCAAAACCCGAGUCUCCUGUCAAGUUUCAACCCGACGAUCUCCUAUAGCAUUGAGCAGGAAAAUGUCGAAGCCAGGGAAAGUUAUAUUACUUCGGGCCUGAUCCACCUCGUGAACACCAAUUAUACGAGAAGUGACCCUUACUUCCUCUAUUGGAGCGUCGGGAAUCUGGAUAUUGAAGGCACCUUCGUGUUUGCCUGGGAGCUUCGGAUGUUCAACUGCUCCCAUUCUCCGCAGAGUGACGCCUUGACCUUCGGAUAUCUUGACACGCUCCGCCAUCAGUUGCGCUUCUCGAUAAAAAAUGGCACUUCGCCACCAGACAUCGCCGCCGCAACCAAGGAUAGUACGUGCGAGCAGUCUAUAGCCCAGGCUAUACAAGUCCCAGAGUUGUUGGACGUGUCGCCUACGCGAACCUGGGGAGCACCAUCCUGUGCACCGACUGUGGGCCCAUCCCCGACUCCCAGUCCUUGCGAGGUCAAGAUCGAUUCCACAGCUGCCGCAAGUAUCUCCUCGGCUUUGACUUCCAGUGCGUGUCGUAAUCCUCUCCGUACCGGGCUCAGUUGCCCAACUCCAUCCCCUGAGAGUAAGGCCCCCGCGACGCAAUCGCCGGUCGGAGGGCUCCGGAUCUUGGCAAUGGGAACGCUUCUCGCUUACAGUCUUGCAUGA